CUGGAGGCUGGAGUUACGGUUUUACCUCUCCGCUCCGCUGCGCGCGUCCAGCCGCGGCCCGCCCGACCACCUUUUCACCUCCGGAUCACCACCGCAAUGGCUCGCCGCACCACGCGACUAUUUUACGGCUCCCCAGGCAGCCGCCUAACCACAGCCCACACACCCACAUCCCACAGGCCGCGCUUUCUUUCUCAAAGCUUUAAAGCGCUCUCCCCCGCACGCUACGGACACGACAACGGGAGCCGAAAACCGCAGGGGGUUCACGGGCCGCCGCCCCCACUGCACCCUCUCCCACCCCCAUCACGGCGCCUCCUCGCCCUCGCGCCGCCCGCCGUGUGCCAUGGCGGAAGUAGCGGCGACGCAGCACGGCCACGCCGUCGCCGCGCGCGCAAUGCCGGGCCGCGGCGAGGUGGACACGUCGUCCCCGUUCGAGUCCGUGCGCCAGGCCGUCGACCUGUUCGGCGGCGGCGCCCUCUCCCCCUGGCGCCACCACCACCCGCCUCCGCCUCCGCCGCCCCCACCCCUGCAACUCCGCCCGGAGGAGGUAGAACUUAUGAAAGUUGAGGAACAAACUGUGAAGUUAGAGAUGGAGCUUUUUGUCAAGGAAAAAGAAACGUUUAAGGUUUUGAAAGAAUUACAGGCAACAAAGCAGGUUGCUGACAACUUGAAGUUACAGUUAGAGAAGGCGGCAUCUGAGAGUGCAGCUUCUGCAAGAGGUCACAGUGAUGCAGGGAAGGUGUAUCCACUCCCUGACACCGAACGGAAAUGCAGUUACCAUACUGGGCAGCCGGUCGAGAGCGCAAAAGGAAAUCAGUCCGCGCUAACCACAUUGAUCAAGCUGAAUCAGGCAAAGGCAUUCCUAAACAUGGAUACUGUCAUGACGAUUAAGAGGCAGAUAGAGGAGGAGAAAGGAUCACUUGAAAAAACUCGUGAGAGGUUACAGUUGAACAGAGCGAAGGCUUCAUCACUUGAAGCAGACUUAAACAAAAUUGUUUCACAGUUACAAGCAGCAAGAGGCCCCAAACCUACUCUUGAACCUUCUGAUAUCUGGUUGCAGAUGAAACAGUUAAAUUCAGAGAAAGAGAAACACAGGAAGAUUGCUGAUGACUCGAAGAAUGAGAUUGGCGAAUUAACCGCCACGAUUGAGCACACAAAGUCCAGGACGAAGACCCUACAAUUCAGGAUUGUCAUGGCUGAAAAAUUGAAGGAAGCCUCAAGGCGCGGAGAAGCUCUUGCUCUUGCAGAGAGAAAGAACCUGAGCAAUGGGGAGCACGAGGCCAGUACCGCAUCCGAUGUCACACUUUCUGUCGAAGAACACUCAGUGCUGGUGCAAAAAGCAGAAGAAGCAGAUGCCGCGUGUAGGAAGAAAAUCGACGCGGCAAUGCAAGAGCUGGAUCAAGCAAACCGGGGCAAACUGGAACUCUUGGAAAGAGUAGAGGAGGCAAUGGCUGCAGUUGAGACCAGCAGGAAGGCUUUGGAGGAAGCCCUAAAGAGGGAGGAAUCCACGAACAAAGCGAAGCUCGUAGCCGAAGAAUCACUCAGAAAGCUGAGGUCCGAGCAAAUCAUCCAGAAUUGGCGGCCCACCGGCAACAGCUCCGUCAAAUUCAAGACCUCAGCAGCGACGACGGCGGCGGUGGUGGCUCACCGGAGAGCCGGCUCCGGGAUCUACGACGUGAACGGGCUGAGCCUGGUGACGGCGACGCCCAAGAGCACGAAGGCGAUGUCCAUCGGGCAGAUCCUGAGCAUGAAGCUGGACCACCGGGAGCUCGAGGUCGCCGGCAAGGGCGGCGGCGCCAAGAAGAAGGUGUCGCUGGGGCAGAUCCUGAGCCAGAAGUACGACGCCCUGUCGCCGCUGAGGAUCGAUCACGGCGGCGCGUCGCGCAGGCAGUUCCACCCCAGGAGGAGGAAGCUGGGGUUCGUCGUGUACGCGCUGCUCCUCGCCAAGCACAGGCACAGGAAGAAGAGGCAGCCCGCCGCCGCCGCCGCCGCCGACUCCUCCUCUUGCACCCAUGGCAGCUUCAGCACCAAGGCUGUGUAUUAAUUAGCAACAUUUUUUUUUCUUCUGGAUCAAUGAGUAGUAGCUAUGCAGUGUAAUAGUACAGACUUAUGAAUAAUCAGCAUGUGUAAUUAGUUAGUUCUAUGCACAAAGUUGAAAUUCAGCAGCUACUCCAGGUUGUAAGUA